UAUCCGGCUCUCGGGACUUUAUAGUGACUUUCUGGUCUACAUCCUCCUCCAUCUACUGUAAGCAUGGAGACGAAAAAGAACAGCAGGGGAUAUAAGGAAUAUUUUGUGAAGGGUAAGCACUUAAAGCUGAAGAAGCUGAAACGGGAGGCUCGAAUUUUGGACAAGAAAAGGAAAAGGUACCUUUUCAAAGACAGCAUCCCUCCAUACCCCCGCCCGGAGUUUCACGUGUCCCACCUGCAACAUGACACUGACCGCGGUUCACUGUGUUGGAUCCAUGAGGAUGGAGGCUUCAAGGAUCCACACGGAGGCUCCGAGGAGCCACCCCUGGUGUGGUGGAGCCUGGCUGUGGGACCUGCGGAGGUGCAGUCUGCAGAGACGAGGCUCCUGGAGCAGACCUUCCCAUCCCGGACCAAGAAGCAGGUUCGGAUGCAGCAGAACUUCCUGGAGGAGUUUGCCACCUCUCCAGCCUUCAGUGAGAAGUCCAGGUAUGGCUCAUACCGCUUCACCUUCGCGCUGGAGGAGGUGCUGAAGGCCUACAGGGAGCAGUUUUGCUCUGGUGCCCCACCCGUCUUGCGGGUGUUCAAGACGUGCCUGUACAAACAGGAAGUGGUGUAUGCUGUGCUGGUCCACAGCCCGGAUAAUAACGAGCUCUUCUCAGAUUAUCCUGAGCUGCCUGAUGAUGACCUGAACGCCGUCUGUGCUUACAGACGAGACCAGAACAUCUUCAUCUGGAGGCCCGAGGCCAUGUGUGGAACACACUGGUAUGAGUUGAUCGAAGAACCUGAGAAAAAAUGGAUGCAUGCUUGUGGGCCGUUUGAGUAUCCCGAGUAUUAUGUUUGGGAUCAUGUCGCAAUCGCCCUGCAUGUGGAGAAUGGAGAGGUGCUGAAGUUUGGAUCUGAUCAACUGAGGCAGAACCUCAAAUUCUGCGAGCCCGGCGACGUGACGAUCACGCCGAAAUUCUACUUUGAUAAUUUCAAGGAAGCUCAAGGCGUGAUCGAAAGUUUGUGGCCGGACUCUCCACUCGGUCUAGAUUUCGCAGCUCUCUGUCUUUAAGAGAAAAAACCCACAGCCGUAUUAAAUGGAGCCUGAAGACUGCCUGCAGCGAGACAACCCUCUACAUUUUAAGUUCUGGAAACAUCUAACCUUUUCCUUAUUUUUAAGAAUCCAAACACAUACAGUAGUGUGCAAAAGACUGCAGCCAGUCUUCAUUAUUUAUAUUUUACUUGGAAAAUAGAAAAAAGGUGCAGCAGUUUAUUGAAACAUAUGAAAGCAUAUAUGGAAAUACAGCAUAUAAGUCAAAAACACAGGUUUACAAUUCUAA